ACUUCCUGGGAGUGUCUACUUUCGUGCUUCUCGACCGAAACUGCAAGAAGCAUGAUCCUCUCCCCAUGGAAGUCAUUACCUGUGAUAUGUUACUUAAUUAUAUUUACCUCAAGUCAUGCCGCAAACAUCUACGAUCAGCUCAAAUAUUUUGAAACUUUAAAAGUUAGCGAUCUGAGUCAUUCCAUCACAAAGCGAGGCACGCAGCCAAGCAAGCAUAAAUUCAACACAAUCAAAGAAGUAAGCUUCAGAGCCCAUGGCAGGGAUUUUCGGCUCAUCCUGAACCCGACCAAAGGCUUGUUGUCAGCCCACUUUAAAGCUUACACAGUGGAUGGUUCUGGCAACAAGAGGCCUGUGUGGGUCGACCAAAAUCAGUUCUUUGAAGGCAGAGUGUUUGGGGAACUUGUCUCUAAUGUGAGUGCGCACAUUGAUGAAGGUGUUAUGACAGCAUCAAUACGUCUCAAGGACGACAUAUAUGUUGUUGAACCGUCAUGGAGGCACAUCCCUAAUGACCAUAAUGACACAAUGAUUGUGUACCGAGCAUCUGAUGUCAAGUACGCCUGGGAUCCAACACAGGGAGCCCAGUCUUUAACCAAGUACUGUGGCUAUGUCAAGGAGAAUGGAAAUGCCACGGAGGUUACCGGCGACCUGUCUGAAAACUUGAGCCACUGGAAUGAUGGAAGCAGCAUCACGUCUCAUGUCCAAAAGCGACAGGCUAUGGAACCCUACCACUGGGAGCCUGUGCAGACCCGCUGUUCUCUUCUACUUGUGGCUGACCACCGUUUCUAUGAAAACAUGGGGGGCCGUAACCUCAAGAGCACCAUUAAUUUCUUGAUAACCCUGAUCGAUCGAGUCAACAAGAUAUUCCUUGACACUGAAUGGCGAGACAGCGACCGCCAUCCUGGCUUUCGUGGAAUGGGCUUUGUCAUUCAAGAAGUGAUGGUACACACUGAACCAACACCUGUGCUUCGUAACGAAGUACAUUACAACAUGGCGGGUGUGACUUGGAAUGUCCGAGACCUCCUGGAGGUCUUCUCUCGCAGCCUGAACCACCGCUGGUUCUGCCUGGCACACUUGUUUACCGAUCAGAAGUUUGAAGGGGGCAUCCUGGGCCUUGCUUACGUGGGCUCCCCUCGCCGCAAUUCCGUGGGCGGCAUUUGCAGCCCCGGUUAUGUGAAAAAUGGCUACACAUUAUACCUCAACUCUGGUCUGAGCACGUCACGAAAUCAUUACGGACAACGAGUAAUCACAAGAGAAGCCGACCUGGUCACAGCGCACGAAUUUGGUCACAACUGGGGCAGUGAGCAUGACCCAGACCUGCCUGAAUGUUCUCCGGACUCUCAGCGAGGUGGAUCAUAUUUGAUGUACACUUAUUCUGUCAGUGGCUAUGACCCAAACAACAAGAAAUUCUCGCCUUGCAGUGUGCGCUCUAUCAGGGCAGUUUUACUGGCAAAAGCAAGCAAGUGCUUCUCAAAGCCAGAAGAGUCGUUUUGUGGAAACUCAUUGGUGGAAGAAGGAGAACAAUGUGAUGCUGGGCUCAUUGGUAGCGAGGACAGUGACCCCUGCUGUGAUGAGGAAUGCCGGCUCAAGCCUAGCGCAAAGUGCAGUGACAGAAAUUCGCCCUGCUGCCGAAACUGUGACUAUUCCCAGAACGGGGCGUUGUGUCGGGAGGCACAACCCAAUGCUUGCAAAAAUGAAGCCUACUGCACUGGCAGAUCAGCAGAGUGCCCUCCAUCACCACCACAGAAGGAUGACAGCCCUUGCUUGGACAAGGGCAAAUGCAGGGCAGGGGACUGCAUGCCGUACUGCGAGACAAGAGGAGAGGUUUCUUGCAUGUGCGACACAGAGGUGGAUGCGUGCAAGCGGUGCUGUCGACCUUCACACAAUGCUACCUGCAAGCCAACGGAACCAAUGGAAAUAUUGAGGGAUGGAACACCGUGCAUACACGGCUACUGUGAAAAGGGAAGAUGUGAAAAGACAGUUCAAGACAUCGUUGAAAGGUUUUGGGACAUUAUUGAGGACAUUGACAUCAACACAGUUUUGAAGUUUCUGAAUGACAACAUAGUGGGCACUGUCAUUGUGGUGUCCAUGAUCGUGUGGGUACCAGGAAGCUGUCUUAUCAGUUAUGUGGAUCACAAGAGGAGAGCAGAGUAUGAGAAGUCCAAAAAGACUUGCCGGAAACGUGAUAGUCUUCAGCCAUUUCGUCCGCCAUCAGACAGCAGCGUCAAAAUAGUCCGUAUUUCACGCCGGCAGCCACCUCCACAGCCAGAGCCGCAGCCACAGCCGCAGCCUCAGCCACAACCACGAACACAGCUGCCUUUGCAGACACCAUCAGAUGAGCAAGUCCUGGCUCCAACACUGCGAUUGCCAAGCCGGGCUGCAACAAGUUCCGACUAUUGGCCGACACCAAGCCCCUAUGCUAGCUCAGAAAGAGGCGGCAUGCACCCAUCGAGGUAUGAGGGACGCCUUUAUGCGAGACCGAGCAGUGUUACCGAAGGUGGCAACUACAGCAGGCAUGACCCGUCUGACUACUACCACCACCAUCCUCUGCACACUCAGGGCUACGGGCGACCGAGUGCAGCAUCUGUCUCAUCCGAACGGCCUGGCAGCCGGUCGAGGCAACACAUUGAGAACUACACAGCCCUGUAGCUGGCAGUUGUUGUCAUUGUCAUUGUCAUUCACUUAUGCUUUUCUCAUAAUUUUUGUCCUGGUUUGAUGGAGAUGACUGAAGUGAUGUUACAUGUUUUUAAGAAAAGAAAAGAAAGGGCACCUAAUUUAUUUUACUCGGAUGGGAGACUUGGAGCAUUAAGAAAGCUCCCUGUCUGAGAAUGCAGCAUCAAAUAUAUAAGGGCUGGCAAAAACACAAGCAGCUAAGCUCACUUGAUAUUCAAGGAGUGUUUGUGCUGUCCUGUUUACUUUCAUUGUGUUGCUCUUCUUGUUGCUUCUUCCACAUGAAACUUGGAUGGUACACUGUCAUUAUGAAAUUACAAAGCUCAAAUAUAGGUGACUGACGCAUCACGUUUUCACAUUUUGCAGUAUAUGGUGUACUUUGAGAAGAGCAAGCAAUGUAUGUGAACAGUGAGACAGCAGAUAUAAGCGCAUUCGCAUUCAGCUUGCAGUUUCCCUUUCGACCCACUGAAUAUAUGUGGAUUUUUGGAGAAUGUGCAAAUUUUCUGUUUUGACCAUAAGUGUGAACUCGACAGUUCGUUUUGUGUACUGUGGAUGAGAAGUGAUUUUCGUAGCAGUGCCCUCUCUUUAAGCACUGCUGCAGUUCCUAAUGCAAAUGGCCUAAGCGACUACUUGUGUCACUGGUUGUCUACUCUGCGGCUUGUGGGCAUCACCUGUAUGUCAUCUUUUCCUGUAGCAAGGACGCAUUUAUUUUUUUUUGGGGAGGGCAAACAUAAAACUUUUUAGGAAGGAGGGUAUAUAAACAGAAAUUGAAAACAGGAAAUAGGGAAGUAAAUAGGAAAGAAAAAACAAGAUGACAAAUCACAAAGACUGAUGUAAACAACGACAAAGAUAUGCAGAAGUAGGUAGGAGUAAAUGCAAAGAAUUGUUUCUGCUCCCACAUUGCCAGCAAUAUAUUCGAUUUGUUUUGAAUAUUUGUGCCAUAUCAAGUAUUCGAAAAACUUCAAGUACAUGGUUUCUGAUUGAAUACAAUACUAAAACAUACCUAAUACAUUUGGCUAGUAUGCAAAGUUUUCUAUUUCCACGUCCCUAGUUACUUUCAGUGACACUGCCGCAGACUGGGAUCACCGGAUAAGCCUCACCAUGUUUCUUUUGUCUUCAUUUUCGUUGGAUGCUAGAGGUUUUCCUUUUUCUCCGAGUGACACCGAGUAGAUGCAUUUUUAACACAACUGACAAAGCAUCUUGUCUUUACCUUGUGCCGACACUUAUUCAUGCUUAUAAAGCUCGGAGUUGACAAGUGUCGACAGAUACUAUAGAGAGUGUUGGCAAUAUGUACAGACAAACUUCAACCAAGAAAUUGGUCUCCUCAGUAAAUAGCUGAAAAGAGCUUCUUGCUCCGAAAUCAAAUGUUUCAUUACCACACUGGGUAGAAGUUUACCGAGACGUUUAGUAUGUCUUGUAAGACAGGGAGCUACCACUGCAGAGGUGUUGCCAGCCAAAACAUAGAGAUGUAUAACUGCACAGUUCAGUUGUGUGUGUUUUUAACCAUGGUGGCAGUAUGUUUUAAAGACAAUCACUGAUUGUCUUUCUCUAGAGAAACCGCUGUUUGGCAAAAGCAGUAAGGUAGGCACUGCCAGCCUCCAGUAAAACCUAUUCAUAUCAUUCUAAGUUUGUAUAUUUUAAAUGUUGGGAGGUCAGAAAAGUGCACUCCUUGCAUGUGAAAACAGUUCAUGUUGCCCAAUUCUUCAUUCGGCACUUUCUUUUUGCAGCCUUUUGAUUUUCACAUGCCAAAAAGCUUCAAGCAACUUUCAUUGAAGAUAUUGGAACAAAAUAGGUUAUGUAAACUUAAGAAAGAUAGAACACUCCUGGCCUCCCUUCUCUGUGUUUUUAUCAGCAAUGUCAGGAGUGGGAGUGGAGGGGCUUGGGAAAUGGCUGCGUUCACUUCUCCAUCUAACAGAGCUUUGGUAAAGCAGUGACUGUCACCCCCCUCUCCUCUAAGCACUUCUGAUGCCCCUUCAUUCAAUUCUUCGUUACAUUUUAUUGAUCUCUUUUCAUCAGAUUGCUAUCUGUUCUGUCAUGAAAGGUGGCAGCCGUCAUUAUUGGCAAGUCUCUAUGUGCUGCAGAAAAGAGCACAUUCACAGACCUUUCAGCAAAAGAGAUUAAAGAAAAGGAAAAUUUUGUCUGGUUAUGUACAUUUGAAUAAGCAAUGCAGGCCUUGCAGGUGUUGCAUUAGGCUUGCUUUUGUACCUUUGACUAUGUUACAAGAGCAGACAUGUCGUGACAAACAUGACAUAUUGUCAUGCUUGCUACUAUGACAGCAGACACAAGGCCUUGCAGACAAGGAGGUGCAAUUUUUAAAAGUUCUUUGGGGUCCCUUUUAUGGAUGGAAUGGUAGCAGUUCUAUGAGAUAGUGGAAUGGUUGUAAAUAACAGACCAGGUUGCUCUUGUCACAGGCUCUUUAACAUCUUGUUGGUAAUCAUAGCAGUGCUUGAGAUGGAGGACAAGUCCUGUGUCCCAAAUUUAUCAUUUCUGUUGCAACAAGAAUUUAUUUUAAUGAAAAGUAAAAACAUUUUAGUAUCUUCUCCAUUGCUAUUUUCAUCAGGUAUACAACAUAGCCGUUGAGAGUUUGUGUAUUUCUAAUCAUUUUACAAUGUCUUUUACCUUUAUCAUUAGUUUACAUGCUUCCUACCUUGUUCUGUUGUGCCAUUUGCAUGAAAGUUUUUUCUCCUGAAAUAUGUAAAUUUUUUUUGGAAAUGUGAGCAACAUAUUUUGCUGCAUCUUACAAAGGGUAUACUUCUUUGGUUGUGAACUUUUAACCUAAUGUGCCAUGCUUAGUUUUAUUAGUGUUGUUUGACCAUUGGUUGUUAAGCAUGUUCCUACCAUUUUGUUCCCUUCUAAACUGAUGUGUUGACUUUUUGCGGCUUUGUUUCUUAUGUAUUUGAACAAAAUUAAUUGAAAUGUGUAUGACAACUUGACAGGUGCUUGUUUUUGAGCUUUUGAGGAGUUGUGAUUUUUAUUGAGCUCUGCUGCAUUGUGCAUUUUUGUUUAUUGUUGUGCACUGCUCAGUUUCGCAAGGACAGCAGAGCAUCCAAUGUCUACAGCGGUUACAUUGAUUUAAUGUUUGAACAUGUGUUUCAAGCCUUGUCAAUUCUUUUGCAAACAUGCACAUUCAUCAAGAAAUACUGAGGAGGAACGCUUGUUUUAUGCUCAUUGUUUUGCUCAUGUGUUAGUGUUGUGGUAACUUUGAUAUUGAGUGCUAUCUUUUUUUUUUCUCUCUCUAAAGGCCCCGUGAAGCAUCCCACUUUGUGUUUGGAGACAUGUAGUGUGCUUAGUGUCAGUCUUUGAUCAAGAUUCACCUGAGUUUAACAAAAACUUCAUGCUCUAUAUAAAACAGAUGCUUUUAGAAUAUGGCUGAUUGUGUUAAAAACAGAAACUGGCCAUCAUCGAUUAUAACAAUGCCCUGUUCUAAGCAGCUAUGGUAAUAGCUUUUGAGGCACUUUUCUUGCUGCUGAUAGUCACAAACCUAAGUGAUUGCUCCAGUCCAGGCCAACUGUAAAAUAACCUUUCUUUUAAUAAAACAACUUUAAUGGAAACAAGCCCAAAUAUCUAUGGUAAACAAGUGAAUUUUACAAGCAACUCUCGUAAAGCAGCGAGCCCAAAUUCACUUAGGAGCUGGGGACCUUGCCACUUCCUGUCAUUCAGUAUACACCUGCCCCACUUCGUUGUGUUCACUUACUCACAUUAUUUAUUGAUUUGUAGUCACCCUGAAUCAGAGAUUACAUGUAUUUUGAUUUGAAUUGUUCUAGUCAUGCUGAAAGUUCAAAAAACGAUUAUGUCCUGAUGCAAGUGCUCAAAAUUCAAAAUAAAACCAUUUCCUCCUCCUC